UUAAACUUAUUAUUUUAACAGUGAAAGCAAGCUGGACACCCUGGUACAGAAGCUUCAUGACUUCUUGGCUCACUCAUCUGAAGAAUCAGAGGACGCAAAUUCUCCUCCAAGAUUAUCUGUGAACAAAAAUACAGAUAAAAGUAGUGAGCCUGAAAACAGUCCAACUCCAAUGGAAAAUAAUAGGGAAGAGAUGCAGUUUAUCCAAAUAACUGGCAAUAGUUCUUCAGAAAGAUCCAAAUCUUUAGGAUCGUCACGUUCGAAAAGGAAGCCUACUGUGGUGACAAAAUAUGUUGGAUCAGAUGAUGAGCAAACCUUAGAUGAAACUGUAAACGAAGAUGUUUCAAAUGAAAACUCAGAAAAUGAUGUUGACAUGAAAAGCUUGCCAAAAGGUACAGUGGUUGUACAACCAGAGCCAGUGCUGAAUGAAGACAAAGAUGAUUUUAAAGGGCCUGAAUUUAGAAGCAGAAAUACCGUUAAAAUGAAACCUGAGGCUCCCAAAAAGCGUGGAGAGGAAGGACUGCAUGGAAUUGUAAGCUGUACAGCUUGUGGGCAACAGGUGAACCAUUUUCAAAAGGAUUCAAUCUAUAGACACCCUACACUGAAAGUUCUUAUUUGUAAGACUUGCUACAAAUAUUAUAUGAGUGAUGAUAUUAGUCGUGAUUCAGAUGGAAUGGAUGAACAAUGUAGAUGGUGUGCUGAAGGUGGGAACUUAAUUUGCUGUGACUUUUGCCAUAAUGCCUUCUGCAAAAAGUGCAUUCUGCGCAACCUUGGUCGAAAAGAGCUGUCAACUAUAAUGGAUGAAAAUAAUCAAUGGCACUGCUACAUUUGCCAGCCAGAACCUUUGUUGGACUUGGUCACUGCAUGUGACAGUGUCUUUGAAAAUUUAGAACAGUUAUUACAACAAAACAAAAAAAAGAUAAAAGUUGAGAGUGAAAAAAGUAAAAUAUAUGACCAUGCAAUCAAAUUUUCUCCAAAGAGAAAUAGUUCAAAUUGUAAUGGAGAAGAAAAAAAAAUAGAUGAUUCAUAUUCUGGUUCGUUAACCUAUUCCUACAAAGCACUUAUGGUGCCGAAGGACUUGCUUAAAAAGGCUAAAAAACUGGUUGAGACUACAACAAAUAUGAAUGCUAGUUUUGUAAAUUUUUUGAAAAAGGCAACAGAAAAUUCAGAAAUAAAUCCCACUGUACAGGUUCGCCAACUAAAAGCUUUUAAAUCUGUGUUGAGUGACAUCAAAAAAGCUCAUCAGGUAUUAGAAGAAGGUCUGAAUUUGGAGAUUCAAGCUUUGGAUGCUAAAAUCAAAGAAAAAAAUACCAAAGAGAAAAAAAAUGAAACUAGACCAGAAAAAAUGGAAAUGAAAAAAAAGGAAGUAAAGGAACAUGCAGACUUAAAAGAGAAGGACAUUGUAAAGCCUGAGGAAAAAAUUGAGUCAGCACAGUCUGACAAUGAGCCCAUGGAUCAAAGUGUUCCAGCAACAGAACAAACAGAAAACAAGAAUGCUAGCAGCGAAGAUAAAAGGUCUGAUACAAAUGCAGAACCUCAAUAUGAGCCUAAUAGUACGGAGGCUUUAGACAUGGAUAUUGUGUCUGUUCCUACUUCAGUCCCUGAAGAUAUUUUUGAGACUCUAGAAUCUGCUAUGGAAAUUCAAACUGCAUCUGAAGAACAGGGCAGUAGAAGUGCAGCAGCAGAGCAGGAGACACUAAAUGCAAAUAUAAAAUCUAAUACUCCUCUGAAAGACACUAAAGGAGGUCCAAAGUUAAAAGCAUCAGCUAAAGUAACAAAAGAAUUGUUUGUAAAAUUGACUCCUGUUUCCCUUUCUGAUUCCCCAGUAAAAACUGAAGAUCAAGAGGGUAGUCUGGAAAAGGAAGCUAAGAAUGUUGAUGCAAUAUCUAAAGCAGAAAACUGUGAUUCUGGAAAAGAAAACCAUGAUGCUGGCAAUGAAUGCUUGCCACAAAAUGAUGCUGUUUUAUUGAUAGAAGAAUCUGAUCUCAGGAGGUCCCCACGUGUAAAGACCACUCCUCUGAGGCGUCAAACAGAUGUUAAUCCCUUAACGUCUAAUUCAGAAGAGGACAGCAAUGAUACUGGCAAUGAAAAGCGUAAGCAAAAGUCAUCAUCCCAAUCAAAGAGAAAGCAAGAUAAAAGAAAUUCUUCUGACAAGACUAUCGAUAGCCCUAAACCUAGUAAACUUUCUAAAUCCAAAAAAUCAAAUGUGCUGGACCAAAGUUCAGAUUCUGAUGAGAUGCCAGCAGUCCUUAAAAAAGUAGCCAUGUUAAGUCGGAGUUCUUCAGAGAUUGAUAGCAAUACUGAAACACCCCAAAAUUUUCAGAAGAUUACAAAUGAUCUUAAGAAACAAUCAAAGAAAGAUGAAAGUGGAAAACGAAAAAGAAGAAGUUCCAGUUCUGGUUCAGAUUUAGAUUCCAAAAGAGGCAAAUCAACUAAAGACUCUACUUCUGCAAAAAAGAAACGACAGAACUAUUCAGAUUCUUCAAAUUAUGAUUCUGAGUUAGAAAGAGAAAUAAAAAGUUUGAGUAAAAUUGAAUCUGCAAAAAAAGCCAAGAAGAAAUACUCCAGGAAAGAAGACAGUUAUGAUUCCUCUGAAGAAGAGCAGAGUAAGAAAGGAACUUCUAGUAAGAAAAAGAAGAAAAUAAAUGUGAAGAAACAGCAAGAUGAAUCUUCUAAUGAUGAAUCUGAGAAUUCAUCCCCAGAGAAAGAGGAGGCUAGUAAUUUUUCUGAAGAUAAAAAAAGUAAGGGGACAGCCAUUAAGGAAAAGAAAAAUAGAGAUUUAAAACAGGGAACUUCAACAGAGAAGCAGGAUGAUUCCUCUGAAGAAGAACAGAGUAAGAAAGGAACUUCUAGUAAGAAAAAGAAGAAAAUAAGUGUGAAGAAACAGCGAGAUGAAUCUUCUAAUGAUGAAUCUGAGAAUUCAUCCCCAGAGAAAGAAGAGGCUAGUAGUUUUUCUGAAGAUAAAAAAAGUAAGGGGACAGCCAUUAAGGAAAAGAAAAAUAGAGAUUUAAAACAGGGAACUUCAACAGAGAAGCAGGAUGAUUCCUCUGAAGAAGAACAGAGUAAGAAAGGAACUUCCAGUAAGAAAAAGAAGAAAAUAAAUGUGAAGAAACAGCGAGAUGAAUCUUCUAAUGAUGAAUCUGAGAAUUCAUCCCCAGAGAAAGAGGAGGCUAGUAAUUUUUCUGAAGAUAAAAAAAGUAAGGGGACAGCCAUUAAGGAAAAGAAAAAUAGAGAUUUAAAACAGGGAACUUCAACAGAGAAGCAGGAUGAUUCCUCUGAAGAGGAGCAGAGUAAGAAAGGAACUUCUAGUAAGAAAAAGAAGAAAAUAAGUGUGAAGAAACAGCGAGAUGAAUCUUCUAAUGAUGAAUCUGAGAAUUCAUCCCCAGAGAAAGAGGACACUAAUAACUUUUCUGAAGAUAAAAAAAGUAAGAGAACAGCCAUUAAGGAAAAGAAAAAUAGAGAUUUAAACCAGGGAACUUCAACAGAGAAGCAGGAUGAGUUGUUGGAUCUUGAGAAGUCAAACCUGGAGAAAACAAAAAGCUGCCCUUCUGAAGGUAAAAAUAGAACACAAGCUAAAGAAAAGAAAAACAGAGAGCUGAAGAAGAAAAAGGCGCAAGAUGAUUCUUCAUCAGAUGGUGCUGAGAAGGCUGUAAAAAAAGAGCAGAAUUGUGAUUCUUCAGAGGACAAAUUCAAGAAUGAAAAAGCAACAGAAAGUGAAGAGAAGAAAAGUGAAAACUUAAAGAAGAAAAGACACAAAAAAGAACAAAAUGACUCUUCUUCUGAUGCUGAGAAGUCAUCUCCAGAGAAAGAUGGCUACAAUUCCUCUGAAAACAAUAAAAGUAAAAAUGAAAAGGUGGUUAAGAAAAGAAGAAAUCUACGAGAGAGAAUAACUAAGAGAGCGCAGAUUGAUUCAUCUUCAGAUGCUGAGCAGUCCCGGAAGAAAAGAGAGAGUUCUUCUGAUGAUGAUAAACGAAAUAAACGUGUAGAAGCUAAAGAAAAGAAAAAGAUAAGCCACAAAAAGAAAGCAUCUAAGAAAGAGCAUAAUGACUCUUUGUCCUCUUCUGAUGAAGAAUCUUAUGAAGAUGAUAAAAAAAAAAGUAAAAGAGGAUCCACUAAGGAAAGCAAAAAGGGUAACUUAAAAGAAAAAAAGAGAAUUUCUAAAAAGCAGAAGGAUCUUACAUCGUCUUCAUCAGAUGAGGAAGAGAGUGAUGACCAGAAGUCAACAGGGGAUGGGAGCAGUGAUGAGCAGAAGAUUGUGCCAGUGACAGAAGAUUUAAUGAUGUCCUUCAACACAGGAUUUUGUCAGUCCUCAGGAGAUGAAGGAGAGACUAAAUCUGGGGCUGUUCCAAUGGAGGAGGAGGAAGAUGAUGACGAUCCUGAGAAUAGAAUUGCCAAGAAAAUGCUUUUAGAAGAAAUCAAAGCCAAUCUUUCCUCUGAUGAGGAUGCAUCUUCAGAUGAAGAGCCAGCUGAAGGAAAAAAGAGAACUGGAAAGCAAAAUGAAAACACGGGAGAUGACGAGGAGAAUGAAAAGGAAGAGAAUUCUGAAUCAGAUUCAGAUGAUGAAGAAUCAAAGAAGCCUAGAUAUAGACACAGGCUGCUGAGACAUAAGCUAACUGUGAGUGAUGGAGAAUCUGGGGAAGAAAAGAAAAGAAAAUCUAAAGACACUAAAGAAGGCAAACGCAGAAAUAGAAGGAAAGUGAGCAGCGAUGGCUCAAAUGACUCAGAGUUUCAUGAAUCUGAAGUUAGUGAAGAAGUUAGCGAGUCUGAAGAUGACCAGCGUCGUAGAACAAGAUCUUCUAAGAAAGCCGAGGCAGAAGAAAACCGCAGUUACAAGCAAAAAAAGAAAAGGCGACGCAUUAAAGUUCAGGAGGAUUCUUCCAGUGAAAACAAGAGCAACUCUGACGAGGAAGAGAAUGAUGAUUCAAAAUCUCCUGGAAAAGGCAGGAAGAAAAUCAGAAAGAUUAUUAAAGAUGAUAAGCUUAGAACAGAGACACAAAAUGCACUGAAAGAGGAGGAAGAAAGAAGAAAACGUAUUGCAGAAAGAGAGCGAGAGAGAGAGAAACUGAGAGAGGUGAUAGAAAUAGAAGAUGCUUCGCCUCUGAAGUGUCCUAUUACAACUAAACUGGUUUUAGAUGAAGAUGAAGAAACCAAAGAACCAUUAGUGCAGGUUAACAGACAUAUAGUUACUAAACUAAAACCACAUCAAGUAGAUGGUGUUCAGUUCAUGUGGGACUGUUGUUGUGAAUCUGUGAAAAAAACAAAGACAUCUCCAGGCUCUGGAUGCAUUCUUGCUCACUGUAUGGGUCUAGGGAAAACAUUGCAGGUAGUGAGUUUUCUCCAUACAGUUCUGUUAUGUGACAAGCUGGAUUUCAGCACUGCUCUUGUAGUGUGUCCAUUGAACACAGCCUUGAACUGGCUCAAUGAGUUUGAAAAAUGGCAAGAUGGUUUAGAAGAUGAUGAACAAUUAGAGGUCUGUGAACUAGCAACUGUGAAACGCCCUCAAGAGAGAGGCUACAUGCUGCAACGAUGGCAGGAAGAAGGAGGUGUUAUGAUCAUAGGCUAUGAAAUGUAUCGUAAUCUUGCACAAGGCAGGAAUGUGAAGAGUAGAAAACUUAAAGAAAUAUAUAACAAGGCUCUGGUUGAUCCAGGCCCUGACUUUGUUGUGUGUGAUGAAGGGCAUAUAUUAAAAAACGAAGCUUCUGCUGUUUCUAAAGCUAUGAAUGCUAUACAAUCCAGAAGGAGGAUAAUUCUUACAGGAACACCACUACAGAAUAACCUUAUAGAAUAUCACUGCAUGGUUAAUUUUAUCAAAGAGAACUUGCUUGGAUCAAUUAAGGAAUUCCGAAAUCGUUUUAUAAAUCCAAUCCAGAAUGGUCAGUGUGCGGAUUCUACCCCUGUUGAUGUAAGAGUAAUGAAAAAGCGUGCACAUAUUUUAUAUGAAAUGUUAGCUGGAUGUGUUCAGAGAAAAGAUUACACUGCAUUAACUAAGUUCCUGCCACCAAAACAUGAGUACGUUCUUGCAGUUAGAAUGACGCCUCUUCAGUGUAAACUCUAUCAAUUCUACUUGGAUCACUUAACAGGUGUAGGUAGCGGUGAAGGUGGAAGAGGCAAAGCUGGAGCUAAACUCUUUCAGGACUUCCAGAUGUUAAGUAGAAUCUGGACUCACCCUUGGUGUUUGCAGCUGGACUAUAUUAGCAAAGAAAAUAAGGGCUAUUUUGAUGAAGAUAGUCUGGAUGACUUCAUAGCUUCAGAUUCUGACGAAACUUCAAUGAGUUUAAGCUCUGAUGAUUAUGCAAAGAAAAAAAAAUCCAAGGGGAAAAAAGCGAAGAAAGAAAGCAGCCCCAGUGGCAGUGGCAGUGGCAGUGAUAAUGAUGUUGAAGUGAUUAAAGUUUGGAAUUCAAGGUCUCGUGGAGGUGGAGAAGGAAAUACAGAGGACCUUGCAAACACCCCUGCUAUUCCUGCAAAAUCAGAUGAGGGUAAAGCCACAUCCUCUUCCAACCCAGGAAGCCCAGCUCCAGACUGGUAUAAGGAUUUUGUCACUGAUGCAGAUGCUGAAAUAUUGGAGCAUUCUGGGAAAAUGGUUCUUCUCUUGGAAAUACUUCGUAUGGCAGAGGAGCUCGGUGACAAAGUUCUAGUUUUUAGCCAGUCUCUAAUAUCACUGGAUUUGAUAGAAGACUUUCUUGAGCUGGCCAGCACGGAGAAAACUGACAAAGAGAAACCUAUUUAUAAAGGUGAAGGAAAAUGGUUCAGAAAUAUUGACUACUAUCGUUUAGAUGGUUCAACUACAGCUCAGUCUAGAAAGAAAUGGGCUGAAGAGUUUAAUGACGAAACUAACGUGAGAGGCCGUUUGUUUAUUAUUUCCACUAAAGCAGGUUCUCUUGGAAUAAACCUAGUGGCUGCUAAUCGUGUGAUUAUCUUUGAUGCCUCUUGGAACCCAUCCUAUGAUAUCCAGAGUAUUUUUAGGGUUUACCGCUUUGGGCAAAACAAACCUGUGUUUGUGUACAGGUUCCUAGCUCAGGGAACAAUGGAGGACAAGAUCUAUGAUCGCCAAGUAACAAAACAGUCACUGUCUUUCCGGGUUGUUGACCAGCAGCAAGUUGAGCGUCACUUCACCAUGAAUGAGCUCACAGAGCUCUAUACCUUUGAGCCAGAUUUGCUGGAUGACCCUAAUUCAGAAAAGAAAAAGAAGAGGGACACACCCAUGCUGCCAAAGGAUACAAUUUUGGCAGAAUUGCUUCAGAUCCAUAAAGAACAUAUAGUGGGCUACCAUGAACAUGACUCACUCCUGGACCACAAAGAGGAAGAAGAAUUGACUGAAGAAGAAAGGAAGGCAGCUUGGGCAGAAUAUGAAGCUGAGAAGAAGGGUCUGACCAUGCGUUUCAACAUGCCAGCUGGGACCAAUAUGCCCCAUGUCAACUACAACACUCAAACGCCAUAUAUUCCUUUCAAUCUGGGAGCUUUGUCAGCAAUGUCUAACCAGCAGCUGGAGGACCUCAUUAAUCAAGGAAGAGAGAAAGUUGUAGAAGCCACCAACAAUGUAACUGCGGCAAGAAUUCAGCCCCUUGAAGAUAUUAUCUCAGCUAUAUGGAAGGAUAAUGUGACCCUGACAGAGAGCCAGGUACAGGCCUUGGCCCUAAGUAGACAGGCAAGCCAAGAGCUGGAUGUGAAGCGCAGAGAAGCCAUGUACAACGAUGUCCUGACAAAACAGCAGAUGUUAAUCAGUUGUGUUCAGAGGAUACUUAUGAACAGAAGACUACAGCAGCAGUACAAUCAGCAGCAACAGCAGCAAAUGUCUUAUCAACAAGCAGCAAUGAGUCAUCUUAUGAUGCCAAAGCCUCCAAAUUUAAUCAUGAAUCCUUCCAACUACCAACAAAUAGAUAUGAGAGGAAUGUAUCAGUCCGUUUCAGGUGGUAUGCAGCCACCACCACUGCAACGCGCACCACCCCCAAUGAGAGGCAAAAAUCCAGGACCUUCCCAAGGGAAAUAAAUGUGAUUUUGCACUUAAAGCUUAAAGGAUUGUUAAAAUCAGAGAAAGAACUUUUAUUUUUUUAGGAAUCAAUGGCUUAACAGAACUCAACUGUAUAAAUAGUUUGGUUGGUCCCCUUAAAUGUUAGCGUUUCAGCUUUGUUUAAAUAGGACAUAAUGUUUUCUCUGAUUUGUCAGUGAUGUUGCCUAGAAUUUUCUUACAUGUUUUGAGUACAGGAGAUAUCAAAUUGUUUUCAGUGAAAACAAGUCCUUCCAUAACAGUAGCAGCUCCACAGGUUUCCUGUCUAAACUCCUACGCUUGCUUUUAGUAGCCAUAAAAAUAUUACCAGAUUUGAGAGGCUUAGGGAAGAAUACAGAUCUGUAUAUUUCAGUAUGCCAUUAUAUAACAUGUACACAGCUGAGUUCUUGAUUAGAGUUGAUUCCUUAAAUUACGGAAUACUUUUCUACUUGCCCGUUUUUUGAAAUUAGUGGGAGUGUUAAGCCAGAAGAAAUAGUCUAAUUUCCUUUUGACUGAUGUCUGGACUCAUGCGAUAUCACUUGUGCUGAAUAAAGCAUAGGAAUUUAAAAUUAUCUUGAGAGAACUGAGUGCAAUAUUCUUAAAUACUACUGCUCUGAAAUGUCUGGGUCAUGCAGUUAUCCUGAAACUGUGUAUACAGCCUUAAUCCGCGACUGGAGAAGAGAAACUUUUUUUUUUUCCUCCGGUCUUCUGCCACCUUUUAUUUUCGGUUUUCUGUGAUGGAAUAACAACUGGUCAACUUAAGGUUACAGGUUUUUAUCCUUCACAUGCUAAUUUGCUCUAUGCUGACUUCAAUACAAAGCACAUUUCUGUUAACUCCUUGAUGCUGGUGCUAGUGUCUCUUCCCAUUGCCGGCAAUGGGAUUUGGGCCAAGAAAAUCAAAUUCCUGGUAUUUUGGGGGUUAAAGCAGCGAUGGUGAUUAGGGUCACACCCUCUUUUCUAAACAGUAUCAAAACAACAGAACCAUUGCUGACUUUUAAAUGCAUACAAUGAACUGUGCUUCAGCCAUUUCCAGGGCUGCCAGAAUUGUGGAGUAGUUCUUCCUUUCCAGAGAAAGAUCUCUGGCUGUCACUCUCUCCUCCCCCACCCUGACCUCCUGUUAUUUUCCUGAGAACAUAAUUUAGUACAGAAGUGUGAUAGUUCUACCCUUUUUUGUUACUACUACUAUUUUAAUGUAGACCAGAGGUAAAUUUCUGGUUUAUCCUUAACAUCCUCCUUAGACACAUCUUAAUCACUUAUUAGUACAGCUUGUGUGUUUCUGAUGAUCUAAUUAUACACACAUAAAUAGGGCUUUUCUUUGCAUGUAGUUUGGUUGAUACUAUUUUCGUUAAAAAAAAAAAAGAUUUAUAGAAUGUGGGAGUAACAUUAAAUGACAGGAAUGUUUGAGGCGAUGGUGUAUUGAGUAUUGACAACAGCUAGAAAACUCAUUGGAAAGAAGAGCUGGAUGGAGGGAUUUGCUCUAGAUAUCACUGAACUCGUACAACUGCUGACAUUUAACUAAAACUGAUUUAAUUUCUGGAAUCAUUCAUGCAGGAUUUUCUCGAGUUUUUAUGUCCUGAAUGGACAAGUGUUUUAGCAUCUAAAUAUGUAAAUCUUGAGAUACUUCAGUUUGUGAUUGAAUUUUGGUUUAUGCUAUGAGUAGAGUUUCAGAUCUGAUGUAAAACCAGCUAACCAAAUUGUUACUUUGGACUCUUCAUGACAAGACACCACAACAAAAAUCGGUAUGGUCUAGUGCUCUGUCAGCUCUGUAAUUAAACUUCUUUAAUUCUGGGGGAGGGGAGCCAAAAAAAGAGAUGUAUUCACUUGAAAAGAAAUGAAAAAAUGAGACUUUGAGACAAACGUUUGAAGGCAAAUGUUCUCUGGGCAACUGUCACUGAUAUUCCUACGUGUCAUGAAUAAGAAAUUUGUUCUACCAGACCUGGGGAUUUUCAAUGGAGUUUUACAAUAACUCGCUCAAAGACUUAAAUGUGGAAGUUUUAGGCAACAUUUAAAGGCACAUUUUUUCAUCCUGGACAAAACUAUGGAUAACAGAAGACUAAUGCAUAAGAGGAUAUCAGAGAUAAGAAGCAUUGAAAUAAAACUUGGACCACUUUGCAUAUAUGUUUCUCACUUGACAUUUUAGCUGCAUAAUAUGUGCUUUGAGUAUAACAUCAAGCUUUAACAAAUAUUUAAAGAAAGAACAUUACAUCAGUAAGAUAUUAAAAGGCUCAUUUUUAUAUUUGUUUUAGAUGUUUUAACUAGAUGAAAUGGCUUAAGAUGACGAAUAAAAAUGUUGCUUGUAAUACACUUUUGCCUGCUAAAUUCUCCACAUUUUGUAACCUGUUUAUUCCUUUGGAUGUAAAGCGUUUUUGCUUAGUAUUGUGAUAUUGUAUAUGUUUUGUCCCAGUUGUAUAGUAAUGUUUCAGUCCAUCAACCAGCUUUGGCUGCUGAAAUCAUACAGCUGUGAAGACUUGCCUUUGUUUCUAUUAGACGGCUUUUCAGUUCUGUAUUAAAUAUCUUAAGUACUGUAGAAAAGAUGUCACCUCUUCCUAUAAGGCUGUUUUGUAAUAUAUAUAAGGACUGGAAAUGUGUUUUUAAAGAAAAGAAGCAUUCAAGUAUGACAAUAUACUAUCUGUGUUUUCACCAUUCAAAGUGCUGUUUAGUAGUUGAAACUUAAACUAUUUAAUAUCUCAUUUAAUAAAGUGACCAAAAUACA